UCACUAAGGAGUUUUUAGUAAAUUACUCUUGCAAUAACAAGAUAAAGUUUUGGCUUAACCACAGCUUUUGUCCGAGAUGAGGAGAUUGUCUUCCUUUGGAACUACUUUGUCUUCUCUCUCUCUCUCACACACACACACAGACACACACAAACACACGCACUCACACACACACGCAAAUAUUAAGUAUUUUUCACUUAUCUUUUUUUUAUUUCAGCAGUAGUGAAUCUUGAUUGCUUCUCCUCAAAUACAUACAAAUAAAAAUCUUUAAAAAAAGAAAAGAAAAAAGGAACAAAUCUUGAAAUGAACUCAUGCUCAUGUGUGUGGGGAUAAUGCAGUAAACUUUUCUCCACCUUUUCUUUUAAUUAAAAAAAAAAAAUGGAUUUUGGGGUGGUGGUAAGCAGCAACAAGCAACCCUCUCCUACUACUGAACCCAGAGAUGAAAAUCGCCAUGGAUCUGCAAAUCUGAAGCACCAAAGAUCUGAGUUUGCCGACGACAGCUGGAGAUUACCCAAAAUGCCCAAGCCCGGCGACGAAGUUGAUUCCACUUCUGAAAGUUUCGCCGCUUUUGGGAGAUCUACUUUGUGGCCGUCGCCGGCGGAUGACGGCCAGAAGAUGCUUUCAUUCUCCUCCGCCGAGCCUCGCGGCGGCGACGGCGGCGGUGGUGGUGGUGGUGGUUCGAGCAGGAGUAUAGCUUUUUCUAUUUGCCAGGACGAGCAUCACAGCAGAACAGGAGGUGGGGGGCUAAACGGGGGCGUUCGGGGGCCGUUUGCUCGACUAAAGGGGCCGUUUACUCCGUCGCAAUGGAUGGAACUCGAACAUCAAGCUUUGAUCUAUAAGCACAUUGUGGCAAAUGUACCUGUUCCUUCUAACUUACUCGUUCCACUCAAGAGAUCCCUUUACGCUUACGGAUCUUACGCCUCUAAUCUUUUGGGGUGGGGACCAUUCCAUCUAGGUUACUCCGGCAGCAACGACCCGGAGCCGGGGCGGUGUAGGAGGACCGAUGGAAAGAAAUGGCGGUGCUCUAGGGAUUCCGUUCCGGAUCAGAAAUACUGCGAACGGCACAUCAAUAGGGGCCGCCAUCGUUCAAGAAAGCCUGUGGAAGGUCAAAAUAAUGGCCAUGCUAUCGUCUCCGGAUCAUCAUCUACUACUUCUCUUUCUCUCUCUAAACUUCCGUCCAUUCCUUCUUCUUCUCUCUCUUCGCCAUCACUCGUGCACCACCCGUUCAGUUCGAUGCAGCAGCCCAAUAGUGCUGCCGCCACCGACCAUCUUAUUACAAGAUCGCAAGGAUUUCAAGGCGGCCUCUCCUUGAUACCUUCUAGUACUACUGGUCCAAAGUCAAAAGAUGGCCCGCCAUUCUCUACUCAAAGUCAACAACAGCAACAACCACACAACGUGCCGCCGUUCGUGGGCCCGUCUCAAUCGGAGUUCGGAUUCGUCUCCUCGCACUCCCUUCUCAAUCCUUCCGAAGAAAGAAUAUUCUCCUACAUGAACACCACUACCAACAACACCGCCCCCACCACAACUACCGACUCUUUCUUGCCGUACGAUCCAAAUUUAGAAUCAAACAACAACAACCAACAUUCAUCAUCUGUCCACCACUUCAUGGACGAUUGGCCGAAGGCGGCCCACCAAUCGAACCGGGCCCCUGUUUCUUGGCCCGAAGAACUCAAAUCGGACUGGACCCAGCUCUCGAUGUCCAUCCCCAUGCCAGCUUCUUCACAAGAGAGAUCCACUGAGCCGGCCCACGGGCUCGACCAGAUCCAUAUGGGCCUUGAUCUCGGCGACAGGACCCAUAUGGGCCGUGAUCUUGGCCCGGUGAAUUGGGGGAAUGCGAUGGGCGGGCCCCUGGGAGAGGUGCUGACGAGUACAGGUGGCGCAGGAGCGGGGGAUACUUUCCCUUCGGGCAAGGCCGGGUGGAGGAAUAGUGGGACCCGCGAAAUAGGGUCUUCUCCGACGGGUGUUCUCCAGAAAUCAACGUUCGUUUCUCUCUCGAACAGUAGCUCUGGGAGUAGUCCUCCAUUGAGUGCGGAGAACAAGAAGGUGCACGAGAGUUCGAUUCUCUGCAAUGAUUUACUUGGUUCGGCAGUUGCGAGUUCUGCUGCUAUUCAAUCUCUAUGAAAACACGAAAGAAAAUCGGACGGAAAACGGCAGGAGAUAAUUGUUGCAGUGAUUUAAAGGUGGUGGGGCAGUGUUCAAGUGUGCUUGUUGAAUUGGUUUGUGUUUUGUUCUAAUUUGUUUUCGUUUCUUGAAAGUACUGAACCUAGUAUUGGUUUGUAACCUUAUUUACUCUGAACUUAGUUUGACAUUGUGAUUUCAAAUUCAGGGUUCUAUAUGCACUAUAAAAUUUCAAUAUUCACUUAGGGUAAA